AUGAUAGGACAAUGGUUUGUUCUAUUUUUGGUAGGAUUUUUGUAUCCGAUCUACGCUAUUAGUAAUGAUGAUCUACUUGUGGUUUCAGUUGCGACAAAUGAAACAGAUGGUUAUCUUCGUUUCAUUCGUUCAUUAAAUGUUUAUGGAUAUAACCAUGAGACAUAUGGACUUGGCCAACCAUGGAAAGGUGGUAAUAUACAAUUUACAGCUGGUGGUGGACAAAAAAUAAAUUUUCUUCGAGAAAAUUUAGUUCGUUACAAAGAUGAUACGACAAAAAUCAUACUUUUUUCUGAUUCCUACGAUGUUAUGUUUACUCAAACACCUGAAAAUUUACUUGAAAAAUUUGAAAAAUUUAAACCAGCACGUGUUAUCUUUGGCGCUGAAGAUUUUUGUUGGCCAGAUCAAAAUUUAGAAUAUGAGUAUCCAUUUGUUGAAAGUAAUGAAAAACGUUUCUUGAACUCGGGUGGUUUCAUUGGUUAUGCAUCGGAUAUUUAUGAAAUGAUUACAAGUAAAGAAACAAUCAAAGAUGAUGAAGAUGAUCAAUUAUUCUACACGAAAAUCUUUCUCGAUAAGAAUUUACGAGACAAAUGGUCCAUUGUACUUGACAAAAAAGCAGAUAUUUUUAUGAAUUUAAAUGGAGCUGUUGAUGAAAUUGAACUACCACUCCGUAAUGAUGAAGUUUAUGUUCAUAAUUCAUGGACAGAUUCCGAUCCAAUUGUUAUCCAUGGCAAUGGACCAGCUAAAAGAAGUUUAAAUUAUUUGAGUAAUUAUAUUGCUCGUACAUGGUCAUCAAAUGCUGGAUGUUUACAAUGCAAAGAAAAUGUUAUAGAUUUAACUAAAAUUGAUGAUCAAGCACAAUGGCCAUUAGUUUAUAUUGCUGCAUUUAUUGAAUAUCCAACACCGUUUCUUGAAGAAUAUUUCGAAAAAAUUUUAAAUCUAACUUAUCCAAAAAAUCGUUUGGCUAUUUUUAUUCAUAAUCAAGUUGAAUAUCAUAAAAAUCUAACGGAUAAAUAUAUGUCUACAUUUAAAGAGAAUGAAUAUAAAUUUGUCAAAUAUUUAAGUUACGAUGAUGAUACAACAGAAGGUGAAGCUCGUCAACAAGCUAUUACUGAAUGCCAAGAAGAUAACUGUGAUUAUUUAUUUGUUAUUGAUUCAGUAGUUCAACUGGAUAAUCCUGAUACUUUACUGAAAUUAAUCAGUCUUAAUCGAACGAUUCUUGCGCCAAUGCUGAUGAGGCCAGAAAAGACGUGGAGUAAUUUUUGGGGAGAUUACACCGAAGAAGGAUAUUAUAGACGAUCACCAGAUUAUUUGGACAUAAUUAAUUAUAAUAAAACAGGUCUAUUUAAUGUUCCACAUAUUUCAAAUUGUUACUUAAUCAAUGGAACAUUUUUGAAAAAAUUUACACCGCAAUAUAUUGAUCCAAGCACAGAUCCAGAUGUCAAAUUUUCUCAAACAAUAAGAGAUGCUGGAUUCUUUUUGUAUGUAAACAAUGAACUUACUUAUGGACAUUUGAUGGAUCCAGAUAAUUUCAAUACUUCAUUGAUUAUACCUGAACUUUACGAAAUAUUUACUAAUUUCCUGGAUUGGAAAGCGCGUUAUAUUCAUCCCGAUUAUUAUAAAUCUCUUGAACCAAACGCAACAUUUCAACAACCAUGCUUAGAUGUAUUUUGGUUUCCAGUCGUAACUAAGCGAUUUACUGAAGACUUAGUUGAUCUCAUGGAAAAAUUCAAUCGAUGGUCCGGAUCUGCUCAUAAUGACGGACGUUUAGCUGGUGGCUAUGAAAAUGUUCCUACCGAUGAUAUUCAUAUGACACAAGUCGGCUUGAAUGAUCAUUGGUUAUAUUUUCUAAAAGAAUUUAUUCAACCAAUACAACAAAAACUCUAUACCGGUUAUUUUAGCGAUCCUCCGAAAGCAGCACUUAAUUUUGUUGUUCGAUACAUGCCUGAAUAUCAAUAUAAGCUUCGACCCCAUCAUGAUGCAUCAACGUACACAAUUAAUAUAGCAUUAAACGAUGCUGGCAAAGAUUAUGAAGGUGGUGGCUGUCGAUUUCUUCGAUAUAAUUGUACAAUAGCAGGAACACGUCGUGGUUGGACAUUGAUGCAUCCGGGACGUUUAACUCAUUUUCAUGAAGGUUUACCAGUAUUGAAAGGAAAACGAUAUAUUAUGGUGUCAUUUAUUGAUCCUUAA